UAUGAAUAAAAUAAUGAUACGUAGCUAUAACAGAGAAAUUAAGUAUAAAGUUACAGCUGCCUAAGUAGUAUUGUCGUUGCCGUCUACUGCUCUAGGGCGACAGCUAGAGAGAUAUCAUGUUGUUUGAAUAUUAGUCUGCCCAUUAGUAUGGUUUGGAAAUGCAAAGAAUGAGAAAGAAGGUGAACACGUGACCAGAAACGUGUUAAUAUCUCUUAUAUAAACCUGUAAUUUUAGGACAAUAGCGGGUCUCUUGGGUGCAUAUCGAGUCGAAAAAGUAUCCCGCAAAAAUCCAUUACAUCUUAUCAAUUUUAUUAAUUAUUCAACUGGUAUGGAUCAAAAUAUUAAAUUUGAUAAUUUAGCUUUAAAAACACUACCUAUUGAUCCAGUAGAAGAAAAUUAUACUAGAACAGUGUCUAACGCAUGCUUCUCUAGAGUGAAACCAACUCCAGUUAAAAAUCCAAAAUUAGUCGCAUGUUCAUCGGAUGCUCUUAGAUUAAUUGGAAUCAACAAUCAGAAUGAGCGAGAAUUAGCCGAGAUAUUCAGUGGUAAUCGUUUGUUACCUGGAAGUGAACCAGCAGCUCACUGUUAUUGUGGCCAUCAAUUCGGUUAUUUUUCUGGACAACUAGGCGAUGGUGCCACAAUGUAUUUAGGUGAAAUAAUUAAUGAUAAACAAGAACGUUGGGAGUUACAAUUGAAAGGUGCUGGAAAAACACCAUAUUCUCGAACAGCUGAUGGCAGAAAAGUAUUAAGAAGUUCAAUAAGAGAAUUUUUAUGUAGUGAGGCUAUGCAUUAUUUGGGAAUACCAACAACUCGAGCUGGAACAUGUGUAACAUCUGAUGAUUAUGUUACAAGAGAUAUUUUUUAUGAUGGAAAUCCAAUUGAUGAAAGAUGUACAAUAAUAUCAAGAAUUGCACGGACAUUUAUCAGAUUUGGCUCAUUCGAGAUAUUUAAACCAAUGGAUCCAUUUACAAAUCGAAAAGGACCAUCUAUUGGUAGAAAAGAUAUAUUAAUUCAAUUACUCGAAUAUGUUAUAUCAACAUUUUAUACAGAGAUAUCCAAUAAAUAUGGAAAUAAAACUGAAGAAAAAUAUUUAGCAUUCUUUGACGAAAUUGUUAUGAGAACAGCUCGAUUAGUAGCUGAAUGGCAAUGUGUCGGAUGGUGUCACGGUGUGUUGAAUACAGAUAAUAUGAGUAUUGUCGGAGUAACGAUUGACUAUGGACCAUAUGGAUUUAUGGAUCGUUUUGAUCCAAAUUUUAUCUGUAAUGGAUCAGAUGAUAAUGGUCGUUAUUCAUAUAAACAGCAGCCAAGUAUCUGUCGAUGGAAUUGUGAAAAAUUAGCCGAAGCACUUUCACCCGUCAUGCCAUUGGAUAAAGCAAAACAAAUAAUGAAAAAUUUUGAUAUCGAAUAUGAACGAUAUUAUUUAGAUAAAAUGAGACGAAAACUUGGUCUCAUACAAAAAAACGUUGACAGUGACAAAGAUUUAAUUGAUAAAUUUCUUUCAACUAUGCAAUCAACAGGCAGUGAUUUUACAAAUUCUUUCCGUACUCUGUCUCUUAUUCAUUUACCUGGCACAAAAGAUUAUGAUCAACGAUUAGCUACAUUUAAAACAAAUAUUAUUCAACAAUGUUGUGAUUUAGAUGAAUGGAAAUUUGUUAAUAAACCAUCGAUUGAUCAACAAACACUUCAAAUGUUAACUCAAUUGGCGGGUCAAAAUGAAAUGUUUUUACAACAAUUCGGAUUUAGUUCGGCAAGAAUACAAGUUGAACAACAAAAAAUAGAAAGAAUGAAAAAUAUUGAACUAUUGCGACUAAAUGAACAUGUUGAGUCAGUGGCAGGCCGACAGCGGGACAAUUGGGGCAAUUGCCAUACCAAUAAAAAUUUGUAUGGCAAUUGA